AGCCCCGCCCCGCACGGCCAGGCAAAGCGGAGCCGGCCGUGCGGUGUGUGUAUGUGUUCGCGGGGCGCCGUCUCAGCCCCGGGAAGAUGGUGGCGGCGGCGGCGGCGACUCAGGCGAGGCUGAGGAGCAGGACGGCGGCGACAGCGCUUGCGGGCAGGAACGGCGGGCAGCGCUGGGACUGGGACGCGACCGGGGCUGGGAGGCCGGGGCUGGGGGCCGGGCUGCGCCUUCCGCGGCUGCUGCUGCUGCUGCUGCUGCUGCUCCCGCCGCCGCUGCUGCUGCUGCCCUGGGCGGCCGAGGCCGCGGCAGCGGCGUCGGCGGUGUCGGGCUCAGCCGCAGCCGAGGCCAAGGAAUGUGACCGACCCUGUGUCAACGGCGGCCGCUGCAACCCUGGCACCGGCCAGUGCGUCUGUCCCACCGGCUGGGUGGGCGAGCAAUGCCAGCACUGCGGGGGCCGCUUCAGACUAACUGGAUCUUCUGGGUUUGUAACAGAUGGACCUGGAAAUUAUAAAUAUAAAACAAAAUGUACAUGGCUCAUUGAAGGACAGCCAAAUAGAAUAAUGAGACUUCGUUUUAAUCAUUUUGCUACAGAGUGUAGUUGGGAUCAUUUAUACGUUUAUGAUGGAGACUCAAUUUACGCACCACUAGUUGCUGCCUUUAGUGGCCUCAUCGUUCCUGAGAGAGACGGCAACGAGACUGUCCCCGAGGUUGUUGCCACAUCAGGUUAUGCCCUGCUGCAUUUUUUUAGUGAUGCUGCUUAUAAUUUGACUGGAUUUAAUAUCACUUACAAUUUUGACAUGUGUCCGAACAAUUGCUCAGGCCGAGGAGAAUGUAAGAUCAGUAAUAGCAGCAACACUGUCCAAUGUGAAUGUUCUGAAAACUGGAAAGGUGAAGCAUGCGACAUUCCUCAUUGUAUACACGACUGUGGUUUCCCUGAUCGAGGCAUUUGCAAUUCAAGUGAUGUCAGAGGAUGCUCCUGCUUCCCAGACUGGCAGGGUCCUGGAUGUUCAAUUCCUGUACCAGCUAACCAGUCAUUUUGGACUCGAGAGGAAUAUUCUAACCUAAAGCUCCCCAGAGCCUCUCACAAAGCUGUGGUCAAUGGAAAUAUAAUGUGGGUUGUUGGAGGAUAUAUGUUCAACCACUCAGAUUACAACAUGGUUCUAGCGUAUGACCUUGCUUCUAGGGAGUGGCUUGCCCUGAACCGUUCUGUGAACAAUGUGGUUGUUAGAUAUGGCCAUUCUUUAGCAUUAUACAAGGAUAAAAUUUACAUGUACGGAGGAAAAAUUGAUUCGACAGGGAAUGUGACCAAUGAGUUGAGAGUGUUCCAUAUUCAUAAUGAAUCAUGGGUGUUGUUGACCCCUAAAGCCAAAGAGCAGUAUGCAGUGGUCGGGCACUCAGCACACAUUGUCACGUUGAAAACUGGCCGAGUGGUCAUGCUGGUCAUCUUUGGUCAUUGCCCUCUCUAUGGAUAUAUAAGCAAUGUACAGGAAUAUGACUUGGCUAAGAACACAUGGAGUAUAUUACAUACCCAGGGUGCCCUUGUCCAAGGGGGCUAUGGCCACAGCAGUGUCUAUGACUACAGGACCAGGGCCCUGUACGUACAUGGCGGCUACAAGGCUUUCAGCGCCAAUAAAUACCGGCUCGCAGAUGAUCUCUACAGAUACGAUGUGGACACCCAGAUGUGGACCAUUCUUAAGGACAGCCGAUUUUUCCGUUACUUGCACACAGCUGUGAUAGUGAGUGGAACCAUGCUGGUGUUUGGAGGAAACACACACAAUGACACAUCCAUGAGCCAUGGCGCCAAAUGCUUCUCUUCAGAUUUCAUGGCUUACGACAUUACUUGUGACCGCUGGUCAGUGCUUCCCAGACCUGAUCUUCAUCAUGACGUCAACAGAUUUGGCCACUCGGCAGUCUUACACAACAGCACCAUGUAUGUAUUUGGUGGUUUCAAUAGUCUCCUCCUCAGUGACAUCCUGGUAUUCACCUCGGAACAGUGUGAAGCACACCGGAGUGAAGCUGCUUGUCUAGCGGCAGGGCCCGGCAUCCGGUGUGUGUGGGACACAGGGUCAUCUCAGUGCAUCUCCUGGGAGUUGGCAACUGAAGCACAAGAAGAAAAGUUAAAAUCAGAAUGUUUUUCCAAAGGAACUCUUGACCAUGACAGAUGCGACCAGCACACUGAUUGUUACAGCUGCACAGCCAACACCAACGACUGCCACUGGUGCAAUGACCAUUGUGUCCCUGUGAACCACAGCUGCACGGAAGGCCAGAUCUCCAUUUCCACAUAUGAGAAUUGCCCCAAGGAUAACCCCAUGUACUACUGUAACAAGAAGACCAGCUGUAGGAGCUGUGCCCUGGACCAGAACUGCCAGUGGGAGCCCCGGAAUCAGGAGUGCAUCGCCCUGCCUGAAAAUAUCUGUGGCAUUGGCUGGCAUUUGGUCGGAAACUCGUGUUUGAAAAUUACCACGGCCAAGGAGAAUUAUGACAAUGCUAAAUUGUCCUGUAGGAACCACAAUGCCUUUUUGGCUUCUCUUACAACCCAGAAGAAGGUAGAAUUUGUCCUUAAGCAGCUGCGAAUAAUGCAGUCAUCACAGAGCAUGUCCAAGCUCACCUUAACCCCAUGGGUUGGCCUUCGGAAGAUCAAUGUGUCCUACUGGUGCUGGGAAGAUAUGUCCCCAUUCACAAAUAGUUUGCUACAGUGGAUGCCGUCUGAGCCCAGUGAUGCUGGAUUCUGUGGAAUCUUGUCAGAACCCAGUACUCGGGGCUUGAAGGCUGCAACCUGCAUCAACCCACUCAACGGUAGUGUCUGCGAAAGGCCUGCGAACCACAGUGCCAAGCAGUGCCGGACGCCGUGUGCCUUGCGGACGGCGUGUGGAGAGUGCACCAGUGGCAGCUCAGAGUGUAUGUGGUGCAGCAACAUGAAGCAGUGCGUGGACUCCAACGCCUACGUGGCCUCCUUCCCUUUUGGCCAGUGUAUGGAGUGGUACACCAUGAGCAGCUGCCCCCCUGAAAAUUGUUCAGGCUACUGUACCUGCAGCCAUUGCUUGGAGCAGCCAGGCUGCGGCUGGUGUACUGACCCCAGCAAUACUGGCAAAGGGAAAUGCAUAGAAGGCUCCUAUAAAGGACCAGUGAAGAUGCCUUCUCAGGCCCCUGUGGGAAAUUCCUACCCGCAGCCCCUUCUCAAUUCCAGCAUGUGCCUGGAGGACAGCAGAUACAACUGGUCUUUCAUUCAUUGUCCAGCUUGCCAGUGCAACGGGCACAGCAAAUGCAUUAAUCAGAGCAUCUGUGAGAAGUGUGAGAACCUGACCACAGGCAAGCACUGCGAGACCUGCAUAUCUGGCUUCUACGGGGAUCCCACAAACGGGGGAAGAUGUCAGCCGUGCAAGUGCAAUGGGCAUGCGUCGCUCUGUAACACCAACACGGGCAAGUGCUUCUGUACCACCAAGGGCGUCAAGGGGGACGAGUGCCAGCUAUGUGAAGUAGAAAAUCGAUACCAGGGAAACCCUCUCAAAGGAACAUGCUAUUAUACUCUUCUUAUUGACUAUCAGUUCACCUUUAGCCUAUCCCAGGAAGAUGACCGCUAUUACACAGCCAUCAAUUUUGUGGCGACACCUGAUGAACAAAACAGGGAUUUGGACAUGUUCAUCAAUGCCUCCAAAAACUUCAACCUCAACAUCACCUGGGCCGCCAGCUUCUCAGCUGGAACCCAGGCUGGAGAAGAGAUGCCUGUUGUUUCAAAAACCAACAUUAAGGAGUACAAAGAUAGCUUCUCUAAUGAGAAAUUUGAUUUUCGCAACCAUCCAAAUAUCACUUUCUUCGUCUAUGUCAGUAAUUUCACCUGGCCCAUCAAAAUUCAGAUCGCCUUCUCCCAGCACAGCAAUUUUAUGGACCUGGUACAGUUCUUCGUGACUUUCUUCAGUUGUUUCCUCUCUUUGCUCCUGGUGGCUGCUGUGGUUUGGAAGAUCAAACAAAGUUGUUGGGCCUCCAGGCGUAGAGAGCAACUUCUUCGAGAGAUGCAACAGAUGGCCAGUCGCCCUUUUGCCUCCGUAAACGUUGCCUUGGAAACAGAUGAAGAGCCUCCUGAUCUUAUUGGGGGGAGUAUAAAGACUGUUCCCAAACCCAUUGCUCUGGAACCGUGUUUUGGCAACAAAGCUGCUGUCCUCUCUGUGUUUGUGAGGCUGCCUCGAGGGCUCGGUGGAAUCCCUCCUCCCGGGCAGUCAGGUCUCGCAGUGGCCAGCGCCCUGGUGGACAUUUCUCAGCAGAUGCCAAUAGUGUACAAAGAGAAGUCAGGAGCCGUGAGAAACCGGAAGCAGCAGCCCCCUGCGCAACCUGGGACCUGCAUUUGAGGCUGGGCCAGGGACUCUCCGUGAGUGAGCGAGCCAGGUGUGGCGUGCCAGCGCCGUCUGCAGGGAGGGGGCAGGCGGGGAGAUGCUGUGCGAAGCGGGCCGAAGACUGGAAACCCUCGAAACAUCUGACUCCUCUGCAUGUUCACAAGCUUUCUUUGCCGGUUUCUCCCAUCUGUGCUCCAGCAUCUAACCUUUUACUUUUGCAUAGGACAUCACUGAUUUAAUUGCAGGUCCAGGGGUGAUCCAGUUGUUGCUGGAGGAGGCUGGGGUAUAGAGCCAGUGAGGGAGCUGGGAAUGACACUCAGGUUCACUUGUGGAAAACUGCUCUUGGGGCCGUCUCAACUUGCAAAAAACAAAAGAUGUAGUGUUUACAAGUAGACAUUCACCAUCCGUCGUUCUUGAACGUGGUCUUUUAAAAAUUAGUCAGAUGAAUGAAUUUGUCCUCAUCUGAAGCCUGCUAUCUUUUUUAAAAGAUGUGCUACUUAUUCUUGCACGAUGUAGGCAAAUCUCUCUCUUCCAGGGAGUAGCUUUUUUCUAGUUGAGAAUUAACAAUGGUCUGGCUCUUUUGAAUCAUAUCAAACUAAGGUAGAAGGGAGCUAUUUUAAAUGUCAAGGUCAGCAGUGUUACUUAGAAUGUAAACUGAUGUAGUAGGUAGUUUUCUAUAGCAACUUGAUUAAUUUAGUCUUAAUCCAUUUGAAAUUUUCUCCCUCUGUCUCUCUUUCUCUUCAUCUCUGUCUCUCUUCUCUCUCUCUCUCUCUCUCUCUCUCUCUCUCUCUCUCUCACACACACACACACACACACACACACACACACACACACACACACUAAGUGCCUAGACUUUAAAUAGAUCUAGCAAUUGGAAAGUUAGUAAGCCUGUGUUUUUACAUAAUUGCAUUCCUACAUUCUUACAAAAUUUAAAUAGCUACCAUUGGCAAUCUGCUGUUUUUCUAAAAUCUGAUUUGCAGCCAGGGAAAGAAUUUUCUCACCCCAGGGAACGUUUAACCUAGCAGCAGGGACUGAGAGGAAAGCGGAAGUGACCAAACUGUGAAAGCUCCUGUUUGUGUUGUCAUCAAAAGGGGCCCUAAAUAAGGUGUGGUUCUCGUGUGCCCCCUGCCCCUCUCCCCAACUCUAGGCCUGAUGUUUGCUCCAGCCCUUCUGGCCACUCCUGCCAGGACACCACAGAGGAAGGGACUCGUUCAUGUUACACGUCUCCCUUGAACAGAAAAGAGCAUGACAGCACUUGGGACCCCUGCACCUAAAAGCAACAGUGUGUUCCUGUAGCCUGCUCAAAGAAUGUGGGUCAUCCUCAGGCUGCUGGUGGAAUCGCACGCCCAAAGCCUGGAGAAGGACCUGGGAUUGUUUGCCCGUUCUUCUCCGGGAGAGGCUCAGCCCAGCUCUCCCAUCCUCCUUCCCAGACCUGGGUGGUGGCUAUGGGCGGGGCAGUGACCACUGUGGACGAUGAAAAGCACAUGGAGGAAAUGGAUGAGGAGGAAUAACUAUGCCAAGUGGAAAGUGACCAAAUUUAAGUGGGGUAGGGCAGUCCUGCUCUUCUCCCCAGGCCACUGCCUGGGUGUCGUGUUGUCCCUGUGUAUGGUGCUCUGUAUUCUGGCAUUAUGCAGCAGCCUCCCCAGGUCUGUAUUCUGCUUCAAAACUUUGGAGUUCUCUGACAUUACCCCAUAGGGAUGGACCUUUAGACGACAAAAUGCUCAAGUUUGUGAAUUUGGAGAAAUUAAUACUCAAAAGGGCAAAGACUGCAGCAUUUCACCUUUAAAUGCAGUGCCUAGAGCAGGAGUGCUGUGUCUUCCCCAGCACCAACCCCUCACCCACGAAGAGCUGCCUGGAAAGAUGUUUUCAAGGAAGUCGAACCAUAAAACACUGUCUGAUGCACAAAACACCUCUACUUUGAGACUUGUCUCUCAAAAAGCUGCUUCUUCACAUCAUUGGUAAAGAGCAGACAAUUCUAGAAAGGACCCCUUCUCUUCCAAGCUUCCCACAUCCCUGCUCCACACCACAGCACCCACAGAGCCUGCCACAGAGUGGCGCUUUACCCCUGCAAUUGCCAUGAGGCCUCUUGGCCAGAGAGAGGGAAGCCCCUGGAGAGGGACCUCCCGUAAGGAAAAUCCUUGUUUGUUCGAAGGACCAGUGUUUCUUUGGCCAAAGAAGUCUCUUCCCCAUGGGUUUCCAGGCCUUGAAAUAACAUGUACUGUGUCCCUCAGCCACCUGGAUAUUUUAUUUUUUUCUAGAAGAUAGUUUAUUUUUUAAAAGGAGCAAGUGAUGUUUAAUUUUGCUCCAACAGUGGAGAAACAGCUGAAUCCACCUGCUUCUCCUUUGCAGUCAAGAGCGAAGAACUUCCUCCAGACUCAGGCCAGAGGAAGGGAGUGGCAGGAGAAAGAGGCAGUCAGCUUAGGAGCCAGUUGCCAGGAGGGAGUCAUCUGGAACUUCAGAGAAAUGCCUGCGUGUCACAAGAGAGCCUGUAUAUAAGUUAAAAUUGUCAUGAAAACAUCGAUGUUGCACUUGUACAUAAUUAUACAGUAGUGUCCAGAAUGUUCAUUCAGAGUGUACAUAAAACAAAAAACUAUGUUAAUGUAUUUUUAUUAAAUGUAACGGUGUCCGAGUUUUA